UCAGUGAGUGACUCUUGAGAGUGUGGGAAUGCCAUUUUAACUGAUUCUUGAUCUUGGUGUGUUUGGGUUGAUAUUUUUGGUGUGAGUGCGUGCAGUUCAGAGGUGAUUGAAUUCUUAGAUGGCAUCGAUCACUACUCCAAAUUCUCUUCAAAUUCGAUUAGCUUUCACUCCUUUCAAUUCCACGAAAAUAAACCCAAUUCUUUUCCACACGCGCUUCACCAACUUCGAUCGUCGUCGCGUUCGCCUUCUCUGCAUUGCAAAUCACGAAAACGGGUCGGGUUCUGUUCCUAUUCGGUCCGGGUCGGAUAACCGUUCCGUUUCGGAGUUUAAGAAGAACGAAUCAUAUGGAGGAGUUGUGGGAGUGGGUGUGGCUGGAAUCUUUCUUCUUUCAGGGAUUGCUUUUGCUGCCUUCCUUGUAAGCAGGCGAAACGGUGCCAGACAAGUGAAGCCCCUGACUACACAUCAGGGAGUGCUUUUAUCUUCUGAUGAUUGUAAUGACAAAACAGAAAAUGUAAACGCUGACAACAGGGUGGAGCAAGGAGAUAUUAAUGUAGAAGGUCAGAUAGACAUAUCCCGGGGUUGUUUAUCUCCUGAGUCUGAUAAGAUUCCAAAUUGCCAUAGAAUUGUUAAUGAUUCUGACAUAGAAUCCCAGUUGGUUCGUGAUAUUCAUAACAUAGAUGAUAAUGCUGAUGCCAUCAUAUACAUAUCCGUUCAAGAAGAACUACAGCAUGGGUCAGUUGUUGAUGAUAGGUAUGUUGUUCCCAGGGAGGGUACAGUGGCACUUAAUGAUCCUGAACCUGAAACUCCUAUUGAUUCUUUGGAUAGUUAUAGAUUUAAAGAUUUUGAUAGCAGCUCUACUGUAGAUACAGAUAACCCUACUACUGAGCUUAAGGAGAACCCAUCCUUCAUUGAACCAAGAAACAUGUCCAACAUUGAUGCUGAGCCCCUACCUGUUAUAUGUGAGCAGCAGGAUGAAAUUAUCGUUUCAAGUGGCAAAAGAAGUUCUGCUAUUUUUAAUACUUUAAGUUUUGUAGCUGAUGAUGAAAGUGUACCAGUCAAUAUUGAUGUCAGUACUCAGUCAAAUAAGACAACUUCAGAUCCUGAGGUUUUUCUUGAAGAGGAUGAUCCAUCACUUUCAACCAAAGGAAAUCUUGAUCUGAACAACAUGCCGCAGGUUUCAGACAAGUCAUCCUUUGAGGAGCAGAACUUUUCAGAAGAUGACCUGUUGGCAAAAUCAUUUGUCUCAUCAACUAAUACAUUUCUAGAUGGACAGGUAAAAAAUGAUGAUAAUGAGGUUAAUAAAUCUAGAUCUGAAUCUUCAAAUUCUGGAGCCUUUUACUCUGCUCCCGGUAUUCCUGCUCCAUCAGUAGUUUCUGCGGCUGUAGAGGUGUUUCCUGGAAAGGUUUUAGUUCCUGCAGUUGUUGACCAAGGCCAGGGACAAGCAUUAGCUGCUUUGCAAGCUCUGAAGAUUAUUGAGUCUGAUGUUGAACCCAGUGAUUUAUGCACACGCCGUGAGUAUGCUCGAUGGUUAGUGUCUGCUAGCAGUGCUCUAUCAAGGAAAACAAUCUCAAAGGUAUUUCCUGCCAUGUACAUAGAAAAUGUUACUGAGCUUGCAUUUGAUGAUAUCACCUCUGAGGACCCAGAUUUUUCUUCCAUUCAAGGCUUGGCAGAAGCUGGACUUAUUGAAAGCAGGCUUUCAAGAUGUAAUGGACAGUUGGUUACAGAUGAACACGAUGGCCCAUUUUACUUCUCUCCUGAAAGCCCUUUAUCACGUCAAGAUCUUGUUUGUUGGAAAACGGUCCUAGAGAAAAGACAGCUUCCAGAAGCAGAUGGAAAGAUGCUGUACCAGCUUUCUGGUUUUAUAGAUGCUGGUAAGGUACACUCUGAUGCAUUCCCUGCACUUGUUGCUGAUGUAUCUGCUGGGGAGCAUGGAAUAACAGCUCUUGCAUUUGGUUAUACACGAUUGUUCCAGCCACAUAAACCUGUGACAAAGGCCCAAGCAGCUGUAGCUCUUGCUGCUGGAGAUGCUUUUGACAUAGUUAAUAGAGAGCUUGCACGCGUUGAGGCAGAAUCUUUGGCCGAUAACGCUGUUGCUUCUCAUAGUGUUUUAGUAGCUCAAGUUGAGAAGGAUAUCAAUGCAAGUUUUGAACAGAAGCUUUCCAUAGAGAGGGAAAAGAUCAAUGUUGUUGAAAGAUUGACCAGAGAGGCAACAUGCGAGUUGGAAAGGUUGAGGGCUGAGAGAGAAGAAGACAGAAUUUCCUUCAUAAAGGAACGAGCUGCUAUUGAUUCAGAAAGGGUUAUUUUUUCUAGGUUAAGGCUUGAGACGGAAGAUCAUCUACAAAACCUUAUGUGUGACAAGGUUGAAAUAGCUCAUGAAAAAGAGAGGAUUAGUAAGCUUCGGGAGCUGGCAGAAAAUGAAGAGAAGGAAAUUAAGCGAGUGCAGUAUGAGCUAGAGGUUGAACGGAACGCUUUGUCAAUGGCAAGGGCAUGGGCAGAGGAUGAGGCAAAACGAGUAAGUGCAUAUGCAGUGGCCUUGGAGAGGGCUAGAGAUCGUUGGGAGAGGAAUGGAAUCAAAGCAGUGGAUGAUAACUUCCUUGAGAACUCUACUGGAGUUCCAGUGCUGAAUCUUGAGGAGCAGUUAUCGAUUCAAGAUACGGUUGACCGGGGUGAAAACUUACUGCAGAAGCUAAAGAAAAUGGCAGCAGAUGUGGGAAGAAGAGCUCGAGAUAUGAUUGACGAGAUUAUCCUCAUAAUUUCUCAAUUCGUAUCAAGAUUGAAAGAGUGGACAAGCAAAUCUGGAAAACAAGCUGAAGAAUUGAGAGAAACUCUUAUCGCAAAGGCAGGCAAGUCAGUUCAUGAGGUGCACCAAGGCACCGCUGAGUUUGGUUUUACUAUAAAAAAUGGGGCAAAGCGAGUUGCGGGUGAUUGUAUAGAAAGAGUUGAGAAGCUCACUCAAAAUUUCAGGACCUGAUCUCUCCCUGUUAUGCUAAGUUGCUUUGGAAUACCGAUGUCAAUAAUAUCUUUUUUGUACAAAUCAAAUUAAUAACGAAUAUGCUAUUUUCGUGCUUCUUUGUUUUAAGAAAUCAA